AAUCAGCUGAUUUGUAGACGCCAUGCAUGUGCCAUACGUCAUAGCGUCAUUAGCUGUGCAUAUUGCAUUUGUAUAAUAGGUAUCACAGUUACAUACAAUUUUCGAACAAAGUAUAAUGUUUCUCUCCUUAUUUCAAAGAAAGUCUGAAACAACUGUUGCAAGUAAACCAUCUUAUCCAGAAAUUGAUUGUGAGAAACUUAGAAAUAUUAUUUAUGGUUUUAUAAGAACAAUUAAAGACCCAGAAAAACCAAAUACUUUAGAAGAGUUGAAAGUUGUUUAUGAAAACGGAGUGCAGGUACGAAAAUCAGUAGCUGAAAAUUUAAACGUUGUUAGGAUAGAAUUCAAUCCAACAGUUCCUCAUUGCUCAUUAGCAACAUUAAUCGGUCUCUGUAUUCGAAUAAAAUUGGAGCAAACAGUUCCUUACAAGUUUAAAUUGGAUAUUUUUAUUAAAAAAGGAGGUCAUGCUUCAGAAAAUGAGAUAAAUAAACAAAUAAAUGAUAAGGAAAGAAUUGCUGCAGCAAUGGAAAAUCCCAAUUUAAAAAAAGUGGUUGAACAGUGCAUACAGGAGGACUAAAAAUGGUAUUGAUAACAUUCAUUAUAAUAAUGUACUUGUAAGACAUGUUUCUUUUAAAUAUCUUUAUUAAAGUUAUUAAAAAGAAAUUUUCUUAAAUAAUUUAUGCCUCAUUCAUUGAUAUAGGUUGAGAAACUAAUUUAAAGUUGGGCGAUUUUCAAUUUAUUUUUGAUUACAUCUCUAAAAUAAGGUAGAUAAACAGACAAGUAAAGCUGUGUUUUGUCAUUAUUGCUUUUAAAAUGACUUAUUACAUUCUCAUGAUUUCUAGCUAAAUUUUGAUGAGUAGUCUGAGGCUAAAUUAUUUAUUUGUUAGAGAAAUAUAUUUUUUUAUUUCCAAAACUUUAAUUUGUGCUAAGUUAAUCACGGGUGUUGCC